AUGUCUCCUGGUUUAUCUUACCCCAGUCUGAAAUGCGUUUUGGAGCAUGUGGAAGCUAACAAAAGAAUCUGCUUGGCCAGUCGCUCCCCUACCGUUCAACGAUUCGAAAAGACAAUUCCACUUCGUAUCAAUUUUCUUGAAUUACGCACAAUUGGGAUCCAAAUUAAUGAUGUCAUUUAUGUCACGGGUAUAAUUUGCUUUGAAGAUUUCAAAGGAAUUGGUUUUAUAAACGAGAAAACGCGCUAUAAAUACCUGGGCGUGGCUCCAAUAGAGCUCGAUUCCGAUGAAAGGUACAGUAAGAUGUCAUUUCGUUUGUUUGAAGAGAGAGCCUUAAUCCAAGUGAGACUAUUGCGACCGAAUAUGUACUGGUGUAACAAGAAUGUGCCAGAAAACUUCAAGAUCUACACAAAAAAUGUGGUUACUGUAUCUGACAUCAAGGAAGAAGAUAUCUCGUUAAUCGACCCCGGUUGUUUCCCAUUGGACAAAUUGAAAAUGUUAGCAAUUCGAAACUCCGAAACUUACCAACUUCCGGCUGUCAAAACUGCAAAAAAAUUGGUUCUGAAGAGAAUCAAAGAAGAGCAAUUUUUGAGAUCUCAUUCAAUUCUUGAAAAUCUUGUGGCUGUGUUCCCCAGACUAGAAUCAGACGAUAGUGUUUUGAACGUGGUUGAAAGUUGGGUUAAAAAUCAUCAAACAUCUGGAAUACGGUUCUUCGAAACUGCAGGUGAAAAGGAUAACGAAAAAUUAUUGGAUAAAGUUAUGCAAAAGUUUGGAGGAAAGCAUGUGGAGUUGGAGGUACCAGACGAAAAGUAA